AUGACAAAGUUCCCCGAAAUUGACGACCCUGGUUUACGAACAAUGGAGACUAUAGUCUCCAUGGAGGAGCUAUCAUCAAAGCCACCCGAUGCCGACAAACACAGUUGUUGCGGCUGCUGCAAGAAGAAGAAGAAGAGGACUGAGUGUCCCAAACCUCCUGAUUCCCCGAUGCGAUAUGCAUGCGUGCGCAAGUGCACAGCGGUGACCUGUUCACUCCUGGGACUAUUGUUUGCCAUUGUGGUUUAUCUGUCCCUUGGCUCGGUCCUCUUUCGUUACCUUGAGCGUGAUGCUCAGCAGGCCAGGCUGGCGAAGGGAAUGCAACUGCUGAACGAGACGUUUGACAAAUAUAAUCUACAAGGAAGGGGUAUACAGAGGAGAUCGACUUACAAGGACACCAGGACUGUGGAGAAACACCUGGCCUCCUACUGCUUGGACCAGCAAUUCGAGGCCGUCAUCGCGGAACUAAAUCGACUCGUAGCAAAGAAAACCGAUUUGAAAUCGCGUGUUGCAGAGGUGACUCAGUUGCGCGAACGGGCCGGCAAGGUGACUGUGUCCGAAAAUAGCACCGACGAGUUGGAACAGCUGGCUGAAGCAUUGAGUGUUUCACUGAGUGAGCAGAUAGAAACGUUCGCCCUCCUGCUUAACGAGCACAAGCAGGUGCCUUUGAGGUCGCGCAGAAUCCAAGACUUUGCUUCCGCGGCUGUUGUGCUGAACAACGUUUACAAAGCCGUACUCGCCGGCUGGCGGCCGUCGAACUCUCCGAAAAUAAAACUUUUCCCCUCAACCUCGAUACAGGAGGGUCCAAUGCCGAGGUCAUUCGGAGGGGAUACGGCGCUAACGCCUUCCGAGUUACCGCCACCAUUCGAUAAGCAUACCACAAGAACGGAUCCAUGGACGUACAGUGGAGCACUGUUCUAUGCAGUCACUGUAAUUACAACUAUUGGUGAGUGUACUCGGUUGUAAAAAAAAACCAAAGCAUCCCAGUGAGUCUAUUAAACACAAGCCUCCUAGUACGGGACUGGGGAAGUAUCCAGUAAAUUUCUUUAGCAACAGUCAUUUUGCUUUGUGACAGUAAGUAUUUCCUUGAAUUCACCCGAUGUUUAUUCAAGUAAGCGGAGAACACUAAUCAGUGACCAAUCUCAUGCGACGCCAAUCAAAAUUUCGUAAUGCGCCUUCGAUAAGGAAUAGUUAGUCGAGUAAGGUUAUAAUACUGACUAUCAUGUGGUAUGCUCCCAAGAUAUUUCAUCAUGCCACGUGCCGGAUUCUGAAUUCUCUUUUUGGCUGCGUGCAAGACGAUACUCGAUGAUAAAUGUUCACUUAAGUAGUAGAAAAGUUUAAGUUGAUUUAAGUGCCUUUUCAAAUAUGCUUUAUGAAAAGUGCCGUUGAAAAUACUCCGCUUGCACCCGUUUUCUGACACAUCACGUCUGUUGCAAAUCGUUUACUCCAAAAAGGUGUAGUUCAGCUGUUAUAAGGGGAUUUUCAACUUUUGUCUAACUUUGAAUUCGACAUACCGUCCCAUUAGCGUUAAGGGUCUAAAGUCUAAAAAUUGCAUAUUUUCAAUAUACAGAAAAGCACACAUUCCUCUGUGCCAUUGAGUCGAUACCGUAGAGGAGUCAAAAUGUUGUGCUGUUGCCCCUAUACACACUGACGAAAUUUAAGUCGGUGAAUGUGCGCUUUCGACUAUUUUUCGUCAGGCCAGUAUGCUAAUAUAAAUCUAGACAGAGCAGCGAACUUCGAGAAGUAAAACAGCUUAUGAGCAGUAGUCAUAGCUUGGGGUAGAUGUGUUCAGAUUUGUGGGGCAGAGGGAUAAUUAAAGGCCAGUUUCUGUCAGUGAUACGGCAACCGCACCAUUGCACGUCGCGCUACAGCGACGAAGCAUAAGCACAACUGAGUCAGACUACCCUACCUCUUCCCGUACCACCGAUAGAAACUAGAUUAUACUCAUUCCGCUGUCUAACAAGCCUGAACACAUUUGCCCCACGUUAUGGCUACUGUUCAUGAAAUUUUGUGUCGGAUGCAAACAGUGUUGCGUACUUCAUGAGAAGCAAUUUUAAACAUAUAAGUGCGAUGUUAUUCGAACAGACAUUUCACGGUCUUAUAAAGUCUUAAUUACGGAACUUUUAAACAUAACUUACCGUUUAUUCAAAUAUUACAUUAAGGGAAGACAUGACCUGCUACAGAAUAAAUACAUAAUUCAUGUCUUCAAUGAUUUUUUAUAAAUUAUGUUAGAAUUCAGAAAGACGCCGAAAUCGAAGAAAAAUUCAUGCGACAUAAGAAGUCAUUUUUUGCCGGGUUUGGUUUUUGCAAACGACCAAAAGAACGGAAUCUGUCACCCUGGCGUGAAUAAAAUUUCCUGGGAUUUUUUUGAGCGGUACUGCCUACAACUCCAUGAUAUACUGAUUGUACUAAGCAAUGUCCCAUCCAUAUAGGAUGGUUUUGCUCACAGCUUAUACGUAAUAUUGGCUGCCACUUACCACUUUUGAAGUCCAUUUUAGUUAUUCUGCUCAUGGAAACAUAUCAUUCACUACGCAAUGUCUAUUGGCUGUCAUAACAAAAAUUAAAAAUCAAUGGCAACUAAUAACAUCCAUCUAGGCAUAGCCAUUUAUUUGAUAUGAAAGGGGCCAACUACACAUUCAGUCAGAAAUGGCCUCCACCUGUCCAUUAGCUUUCUAAAGUAACCAAACCCAUAUGAGCGACGGAGUUCAGAAAACUCGACCACCUGCCGGACCUAACUCUGUCAAGCUCUGGUAGAAAAUGUGCAGUAACAGAGAAAGCCUUGUUAAGGGGCACUGAACUUCGGUCCAGUGAAAUGCUUAUGGCUCCCCUGCUCUAUCUCGUCUGUGGACUAUCUGCUCCAUAGUUUGCUCAAUAUCUUCUUUGGCGAAAACAGUCAACAGGGCAGAAAAACAGUAGCUUGGCAAAUUUUUUGAAUUAAAUUAAGCUACAUUGUGUGGUCAUGUGUCCAUGAUAGGUCAAAAAACUGGAGGCUUCGAUUAACUUACGAUUUUAGGGCGUUCAAACGCAACAGAGAACUAGCCCGAUAAUUUCUAUGCUCCCCUUCCCCUGUGGGUGUGAGGCUUUAAUUCACCUAAGUGGAAAAGGAGCACACAGUCAAGACUGUCUGGUACCUUAGGAAGUGUUGUUACGUAUGCAGUUUCUAGGACCGAAUUCCACUACUCACACUGCAAUAUGGGUUAGCAGUUUGCGCCAUAAGGCACACCGAUUGAGCGAUACCCUGUGCCAGAGCGGGCUGAGAGUGAGAUAUGCAGUUUUUUUUGGCCAAAAUCUUGGAUACUGUCUGGGUUCCUGUUACAUUUAACCGAAUUUCUGUGGAAGUGGCAAAAAGCCAGACAGCCAAGUGAUCCCUCCUUUGCCAUUCACGCUCCUUUCAGCUGCCGCUGAUUUAUGUAGUCUUCAGCCCGACCCAUCAUCUCGGCCACGCCAAAAGCAAGGUCAUCCUGUCUUUCAGCCUAACCAUUACAUGUGUUUUUGAUUUUCUCUAACCCCUAUCUGCAUCUCUUAUGCAGUCCCUUCUAAGCAGUCUCGUACCACAAAACUUCACUGAGAUUGGCAAUCAACGACUGAUCCUUUCUGUUACGAAAUUAGGUCCUUGGAGAGUCCCCACUGCUGGCAGCGUUGGCGAGGGAUGAAGGGGUGAUUCCUAUAUAGAGUAGCGCAAUGAAUCGAGCUAGGAAUUCUGAGACGCUGUUUACGUACCGACUACUCUGUCAAUUGAAGCGAAGAGCCGAGUCCCAGGAAGUAGUCUUGAAGAAAGAGACAGGAUCGCCGGGACAAGAGCUUUAUUAGCCUGACGUUUCAGAUCCCUGUUCGAAUCCAUCAUCAGUGACAACAGCAGAUACAGGCGAUUCACGCACAAGGGGCUGCGGUAUUUAUAGGAUGCAGCAGCCAUGCUACCGCAUACCUAUGAACGUUCACGGCUUCCCCCUUCAUCCGGGAUUGUCACACUUGGGGUGAUCAUCGCUUGAUGGCCGACAUUCGAGUCGAUAAUUGCCGCAAUUUCAUCACGUGCGUUGGAUGUUGGCGUGAUGAUUGCUCGACCAUCUGAUGCGUUGACCCGGGUGUUGGGAAGAGUGUUCACCAGUGCGCUCCCCGCGUGGCCAAUUACUCCGCCUAGACGAAGUCUCAGCACGCUGUAUUGAAUGGGAAGAUCGUUGCACUUGUUGAUGGACUGGGGGCCAGUAAACCAUGAUUCCAGUAGCUCCCGGCUCACUCGGUUGUCACCUCUUGCGAGAAUUUCGGCCUCGUCGAAUUUAAAUGUGUGGCCGGGUCUCGUCGAAUGAGCGGCAACUUGAGAGCUGGCGUCAUUUCUGCGCACCGCUGCCGCGUGUUCGGCCAUUCUCGUUCGGAGCUGUCUUCCGGUUUCUCCGACGUAGUUGCUUUGUGAUCAUUGCUUGAUGGCCGACAUUCGAGUCGAGUCGUCAGAUGGUCGAGCAAUCAUCACGCCAACAUCCAACGCACGUGAUGAAAUUGCAGCAAUUAUCGACUCGAAUGCCGGCCAUCAAGCAAUGAUCACACCAAGUGUGACAAUCCCGGAUGAAGGGGGAAGCCGUGAACGUUCAUAGGUAUGCGGUAGCAUGGCUGCUGCAUCCUAUAAAUACCGCAGCCCCUUGUGCAACAACCACCCGUUUCUGCUCUUUUGUCUCUGAUGAUGGAUUCGAGUAGGAAUCCGAAACGUCAGGCUAAUAAAGCUCUUGUCCCGGCGAUCGUGUCUCCUUCUUCACGACUACUCUGUCAUGAACUAGGGGUUGGUCCGAUACAUACAAGGGACAGCGCUCCGGAGAGAAUUUGGCUGUUCCGCGUUUGUUUGCGCAUGUGCCGUCAGUAGCUACCCCUUUUCAAUAAAACCACCAAAGAAUAUGCGGCAGGUCGGUAUGUUAGGGUCCUAGUCGUCGAAAAAACGUCAGGUUGGUUUUGGAUUAGAACCGCCACGACGCAGGAAAAUCAGUGGAGUCAGUUACUGUGCUUAAAUGAGGACGGAAAAGUUAUGUAACAUUGCUCAUUAAAGCCAACCAGCGAGCAAUUUAAAGACCAUGUAAGUUCAAAGUUCCCCUGCCAAAUUAUAUGCUCCUCCGUGAAACCGGGAACCAAGCAAAAAUGAGUCAUUGUAAACGUGAUACUGAUGAUGAGAUGAUUCAGUUACGCACCGUUUGUUAAUGUGUGUUUUGCCAGAAAUUUGCCUGUACCUAGGUCUUCCACUUUAUGUCUUGAAUUCGAAUCCCACCAAGUUCGCCGAGCUUUUCACAAUCGUGUCGAUAUGGACUUUCCGAAAUCUGUCAAAACACCUACAGUACCUGUGCUAACUCAUGAAAUCUCAUGAAUUAACACAGGUAAACGACUUUAACGCAGAAUCGGUAAAUACUACGGCUCCCAACGUCCGACAGCGGAAAAUAAAAAAUGUGUCAAAGAAAUAAAGUAAAGUUUGGUUUAGAAAAUAUUGUUUACUGAGAUAAAAAUAAAUAAUUUUCGACAGAAGUCACAUUUUCGAGAAACACCUUUAUUACAACCAAGUUAAUAAAGGCUACGUAUGAGGGCGUAUAAAGGAGGAGGGCGCAUAAAAGGGCCUGAGCCCGGCAGUCAUCUGGUGGAUACUAUGUGGAUUGCUAGGGAAAUCCUGCCUGGAUGGUCAGUUUACUGUAUCAGAUUUGGUGGAUGCAAGAGUUUACAGUAGGCUGGGCGAGUAACCUGAGCUCACGUCUUUCAAUGGUGUCCCAUAUUUCAGGUGGUUAGAGCGCUGGCUGUACUCAAGCUUUCCCCUCACUGUUGGGGCUUCGAAUCCCACCAGCGUCUUUGAAUUUUCACAGUUGGGUUAAAAUAAACCAUUUAGAAUCCUCCAAAACACCUAUAAAUUAUUAAACCUAUGAUUUGACAGGUCAUAUUUUUGAUGAGUUCCAGACCACUUUUGUUCACACGCAUCCACUCUUCCGGUAUAUGUUUAAAGACAGAUGCCGCAUAAAUGGCCUAGAAUUGCAGCCACUGACGUCGAAACUCGUGUCACAUUACUUCAUAAAUCUCGCCUGAAUGAAUCAACCAGAUUGCCAGUAUGCAAAAGUGACACCGCAAUGUGUAAACAAAUAUGUCUGGCUAGUGCAAUCGAGCACAUUAUUAGAUUUUCCUGGAGUACAGAUUUCUAAAAAGACUGCGAUCUAGGAAUCGCCUGACCAGCGUAAUCUACAAUAACUACACAAAUAUGUCUAGACGGCAUUAUGCUGACUUGGGCAAACAGGCUUAUUUUGCUAAUAACUUUGAUCAGCGAUUAAUGUCGGUUUUUGCUGCAGUUGGAACAAUUAGUCCCCUGCUAUGUCUGCAAAUUGGCCGUUUCCGGACCAUUUUAAAGAGGCAUACUUGCUGAUUCGGCCCCAUUUUUUCAUUACAAAUCACUGCAGAGUAGUUUGGGUAACGUUGUUUUGUUCCUACACAGAGUUUUUGAAAACCCAUGUUAUUAUUAGGCGAUUUACUUCAUGCCGUUUCGUUUUAAAUGUUUUGCUAGAUACUGCUUUCCGGUAACCAAAAGUGGCAAAACAUGUACUAUGAAGUACCUGAACGAAGGUUGUCAAAUUUAAUUUAUGACAUUUUGCUGUAGCGUUAACAUUAGAGUUUUUUAUUGAGGGCACGGUGAAAAUUUCGUGCCAAAAAAAACAUUUUCUAGAAACGUUGUUUUGUUUUGCCUUGAAAAAAUUGCCGCUGAGAUUCAUGGCUUACCCGGAAAAGUCAAUGGUGAACAGGCUUUCUCUGUAGGAAUAGGUAGGAAGUAUUCUGAAUCCCUUAAAGGUGGCAAACGUUCGGGACGGUGGGAAAAAUUUGAAUUUAAAGGAUAGGAAAGCGUUAAUCCAUCAAGAUCCAUGGCAAACGCUUGACGAAAUGUCAUAUUUGAUAUAUUUGGAUUUGGUACAUAUACUUUUUGUAGGGAUUUACAUGCAUAGAAAAUAGCAUGAAAACAAGAAUUUGAGUAUCGCAUGAAUCGGCUGACAACGAGAAAAGUAUAAAAGCCUACCGGAAAUAUUUCUUUCAGGGCGUGAUUGACAAUGACAAAUGGAGCUGUUACGAUAGUCUUAAACGUAAAGUUUCCGGACGCUGCCUGGUAAUCUAUCGGCAUAAAUCCCAAAGGCGAAUAUUCAUGGGAGCAAAAUGAUGUUGUGUAUCGAUCGGAAUCAAAUAGGGGUAGUGCAUUACUUGUCGCCGACGCCUUCUGAAACUCCGGGCGAUAUCAACAAAAGUUUAUGAAUUUCAGUCCAAAAACGUCAAUAAAAAGGACAGAAUAUGGUGAAGAAUGUGAUGUGAUUUUGCCACAUGAAAACGCUAGACCCCAUUUUACACAGCCAGUGAGGGAAACUUUGGAAGCAUAUCGUUACUAAGUCUUACCCCACCCGUCCAAUUCACCAGGCAUUGUUUCGUCACAUUAUCAUUUGUUUCGGUUGAUGCAACACAGUAUUACCGACCAGCGAUUCAAGUCCUGUGAGAAAAUCAAAAAUUGGCACGAUCAUUGGAUUGCUCCCAAAUUUCAUCCUUUUUUCCUCCGCGAAAUCCACUUGCUCCUUAAAGAUGGGAAAAGGUUAUAACUGCCAAGCGGACAGCAUUCUGAAUAUGCUAUAAUAUUUAGCCAUCUUUAAGUAAAUCCUGCUUGGGCAGUCAACUUACUGUAUCAGAUUUGGUGGAUUCCAGACGUUGCAGUAGGUUGGGCGGGUAACUUGACCCAAAUUUGAUUAAACUCGCGUCGUCCGGCGGGGCCUCGUAGCUCACGUGGUUAGAGCGUUGCCUGUAUUAAAGCCUUCUCCUUACUGCGUGGGUUCGAAUCCCACCGAGGCGCCGAGUUUUUCACAGUUGGGUCAAUAUGAAAUAUUAUUCUCUUGCAAAUAAACGGCACGGACCAAUUCCCACUUCCAGUGUAAUUUAUGCUUGCAACAUCUUUUAAAUCAGCUGUACUGACCGCACACGUAUUUAUUAGUUCAUCCUCCAUGCAAAGACUUAGGCUCCUAGUUCAAAAUUUUUUAACUCUUUACAGUUUCAUUACGGUGACAUGAUUAAUCACUACAACGCCUUGUGUUUAUAGAAACCCUUAGUAGUUUGAAUCAGGACAACCACUUUCUGAAAUCUCAGUUUUUCUUAAUCACGGAAGUGAAACAUAUGGACAGUAUUUUAUUACCGAGAAAGGCAAGGGAGACCGGAGUGACCAUUUCUGGUUUAUUAGCCGUCGUCAGCCAGUCAUACCCAAGCCCGAAGUGUGGAACACCCGAAGUUGGAACUCGCGGCCUGUCGUUUAAAGUCCACGCCCUUAACCACUGAGGCACGGGCCCGUUUUCCUGUCGGUUUCGAUCGGGAAUAUACAAUGGUAGGGGGCACUCACCGAUCGUUCUUACGGAACUCACUUGUUCCUUUGUGCCUUACGGACUCCCUCUCUCGAGUCCAACCAGCAGCCGCACAGCGGCGCAUGACACAGGCAGUAACCAACAGGUCGCGAGUUCGAGCCUCGGGUAUUCCAAACUUCGGGGUUGGGUAUGACUGGCUGGCGACGGCUAGGAAGCCAGAAAUAGCCAUUCCAGUCUAACUUGUCUUUGUCGGUAAUUCUUUUCUGCCAAAACACCUAAUCAACACAAAAAGGCUUCUUCUUUCCUUAAUUUUGAUAUUUACCAAAUCUUGAAAUCAUUGUUCAAGACAAUAUGGUAUAGAGACAGUCAGAUGAAUGUAUAGCGAAUUCGGAAGGAGGUGUGAUACUGGCGACGGUUGCACGUCCAAAUGAAGCUCAUUGACAUACUUCCGUGUUUCAAAUUAAAGACACGGCCGUUGAAAAUGCAGGUUAUUAUGACCUCCUCCUCUUCCCUCCAUCUCUUCCUUCUCCUGCCAUUACCAGUUUCCUUCUCAAAAGAAGUCUCGUUUAAAUCAUAUGCAGUUGUUUUAUGCCCCCCAAUUGUCUUUCCAUUAUUUCAGGAUACGGCCAAAUCGUUCCAACCACUACCUUGGGAAAGGUGUGCACUAUCAUCUACGGCUUCUUUGGGAUUCCGCUAAUGCUGCUAUUUCUGGCCAACCUAGGCAGCCUUAUGGCAGAUUUCUUCCGCCUCGGCUACUUUCACCUAUGCCGCUGCGGUAGAGAUAAGGGAGGACAAGUUCCGGCGCAGAAACCCCUACCAAAAACUCCUCUGGCCAAGGCCUCGCAGGCCGAGAGGGCCCGCCAUGCCUCCGCCGGCCAGGUGGUGGACGGCAAGUCAAGACAGGGUCGCAAGACCACAAUCAUGGCCUCGGCAGCACUGCGCGCCGGGUCAUCAUCGCCGGCUCUCCGCGAUCGACCCGGCCGCACCCACAUGACACCACCAGCUACGCGGGCCCUACACCAUCUCGUGCAAAAACCCUCCCUGCCCGGGAUCACUGACAGCCUUUUUAUAUCUCUGAUGGGCACCAAUUCAAUCUUCGCGCGGGCUGCCCGCGCCCGUCAACGCAGUCGAACAGUCCGUGUACCCAUCUUGAUCACCCUCUUCAUCUUCUUUGUCUACCUCUUCACCGGAGCGGUCAUCUUCUCGCAUUGGGAGAACUGGUCAUUCACGGAUGCCACCUACUUUGUCUUUGUGACUAUCUCGACCAUUGGCUUCGGUGACCUAAUUCCUGGUAUGGAAGAUUUCGAUUUUGGUAGACAAACGCAGAAAUUUUUGGCGGCUAUCACCUACCUACUCCUCGGGCUGGCCCUGGUCUGCAUGUGCUUCGAUCUGAUGCAGCGAGAGUUGAAGCGAAAGUCCAAGAAGUUGGCCCAACGCAUCGGCUUACUUGACAGUCAGUAG